AUGGAUUCGGAAUGGCUCCGUGAGGGGAUCCGAAUCGCCUUGAAAACCCCGCUGUACCACCCGGCUGAUAACGGGAAUCGUCAAACCCGAGCACGAGAACGAGAUCCGAGAUUCCGGAAUUUGAUAGAGAAGAUUCUGUUCUCGAGACGGUUUAUCUUGACAUAUCACGCUGUCAUUAUCGGCUUUGUUUUGGUCCUUUCGGUUGUACACUGGACCAAAACCGCGCUCAGAUGGAGACGAAGGAGGGCUUUGAGGCUCUUGAAAUCAGGGGCUGAAUAUGGAGAUAUCCAUGAUCAUUCCGGGUCGAAUCACCCAACCUGGUCACCGGACAAUGAGCAAGAUGUGAAAACACUCUCUUCUUCUCAUAGCAGAACUCUCAGCCCCCGGCGUAGAGCUAUCGAUGAGAAUGAGGAAACGCCGCUUUUGGAGUCUAGUGUGCCACCUUCGCCACCAAGCGUGAUAUCCACGAUCAGGGCAGCCUUGAUAUAUCAACCCCGGCCGAUUCCGCUCCUCAACAAGAUCCUGCCUUCUAACGGCAUUUCUGCUGUUGUACUUGCCUUUCUAGUUUUGAAUUUAUUUUAUCUAUUUUACGACAUAGAUCUGACUCCGGAUUAUUUCAUACUACUAGCCGACCGUUUCGGUCUUGUUUUCACGGCAAAUAUUCCCCUUCUGUAUCUAUUCGCUGCGAAAAAUCAGCCCUUGCGGGUACUUACCGGGCGAUCUUAUGAAUCUCUGAAUAUUUUCCAUCGUCGAUUAGGCGAGUUAUUGUGUCUCGAGGGUUUAUUACAUGCUGUUGGUUUCCUGCUGGUUUGGUACGCUCUGUUCAAGCCGGCUGGAUGGAGCCUGCUUCACUUCCUUCUAUUGAAGAGUAAUUUCAUUGGGAUUGGAAUUUUGCUCGCCUAUGAGCUGCUCUAUUUCACAUCACUGGCUAUGUUCCGCCAGCGAUGGUACGAACUCUUUCUGGGUCUACACAUUGUCUUCCAGAUUCUUGCAUUACUGGGCCUCUACUUCCACCAUACCACUGGCCGACCCUACGUCCUCGCCGCCCUGGUAAUAUUCAUCCUGGACCGCCUUAUCUACCGCUUCCUCGUCAAAAGCACAGUCAUCACCGCGCAAAUGAAAAUCCUCGAAGACGAAGAAACAGUCAAGCUCACCUCCACAAUAACUCUUGAUCCCAAACCCAGCUUCAACUUCCUCAGCACCACUCUACACAGCGGCUGGUACGCCCCCGACCACAUCUUCAUCACCGUCCCCUCUCUUUCGCACAAACACGCCCUGCAAGCGCAUCCCUUCACUAUCGCCUCCCCUCCACCGCAGCCCGGAGAUCCAGAAGUCCGUCUCGAACUGCUCAUCAGAGCCCAAGACGGCUUCUCUCGCGAUCUGCUCAACGCAGCACGUUUGCACACAAAAGUCCAGCUCCGGGUCGAUGGGCCCUACGGCAGCCCUCACUCGCGCACCUUGCUGGAGGACUCUUCGCUUGCGCUGCUCGUCGCAGGCGGAAGCGGCAUCGCCGUCGCUUGGCCACUUUUGCAUCAUCUCCUGGCCAUGUCCCGAUUCACUGACACUGAAUCCGCCACUGGCUAUGCACUACGGCGUCAAAAAGUCAUUCUAAUAUGGGUUACCCACGAAGCAUCCCAUCUCUCAUGGCUAGGCAGGGAGGCCUUAGCAGCAGCAGAGAACCUCGGCGCGGAGAUCAUAGUGCCACGCGCGACGGAGGAGGCAGGGCGACCGGAUUUGAGAGGGAUAAUCAGAGGGUUAGUGGAUUUGCAUGGUGGGAAGGAAAGGCGAGGGAGGACGAGCGUGGUGGGGAGUGGGCCAGAUGGAAUGGGGAGGUGUGUGAGGAAUACUUGUGCGGAGCUUAUUAGGGAAGGGAGGGAUGUAGGUGUUGCGAUCGAGAAGUUUGGGUGGUAG